CUGAGAGUAUAUUUAUAGGUAAUAAGUGUCCAAGUACAAUAAGGAAACUGACUAAUAAUUAAUUCUAAUUAUUUCACUAUUACACCCCCUCAAUCUAUGCAGAAGGAACUACGCGUAGAUUGUCUCGUAAAAAUAAAAACUGCUGAGGAGCCAAACUCUUGUUGAAGAUGUCAAGCAGCUGAAACUGUUGGAUGUGUUUCGAAAAAACGAAGAACUAUUAAUUAAUAAAAAUAAUUAAUUAAUUAAUAAAAUAGCUAAAGAAAAUCGUGACUUAUCAUAUUUUUGUCCAAAAAUAUAAGUAGUCAUAUUUUUGUUCAAAAAAUAUAACUACUCAUAUCUAUAUCCUGAAAAACUCUGUUAGUAUACUUAGUAAUAGAGGUUGUGAAUAAAAUUAUUCUUUCAAUAUUUACUGUUGGAAAGCUUAAGCUUUUUACUGAGUGUGUGUUUUGUUUAACCCAAAUCGAAAUAAAUCGACCAAAAGCCCACCUCUGUGGAGGGGCAGCCAAAAGAUUACAGAAAAAUGGGCCUGAAUGGCAAAACCUAAUUUAUAAAAAAACGUAUCGUCUUCAAUCUCGAGCUCUCUUCCUCAAGCCAUUUUACUCGUUAAACCUAGCCUCGCUGCCUGAUUCUCUCUGUGCACGCAGCAAUGCCGCCGAAGUUCGACCCCUCUCAAGUCGUCGAGGUAUUCGUCCGUGUUACCGGCGGUGAGGUCGGAGCCGCCAGUUCCCUCGCCCCUAAGAUCGGUCCCCUCGGUCUCUCCCCUAAGAAGAUCGGCGAGGACAUUGCCAAGGAGACAUCGAAGGACUGGAAGGGCCUACGAGUCACCGUCAAACUCACCGUUCAGAACCGUCAAGCGAAGGUAUCAGUCGUUCCUUCCGCCGCCGCUCUGGUCAUCAAGGCCCUGAAGGAGCCAGAGCGCGACCGUAAGAAGGUCAAAAAUAUAAAGCACUCCGGAAACAUCUCCCUCGACGAUGUGAUCGAGAUCGCGAAGAUCAUGAGGCCACGGUCCAUGGCGAAGGACUUGAGCGGCACCGUAAAGGAGAUUCUCGGGACGUGUGUGUCGGUUGGGUGCACAGUGGAUGGAAAGGAUCCAAAAGAUUUGCAGCAAGAGGUUUCCGAUGGAGAGGUAGACAUUCCUUUGGACUGAAAUGCUGUUUAGAUCUCAGGAGAUAAAAUGUCUCUGUUUAUUUUUUUCUUCAUUCCUUGUAAGAGUUUUGGCUGAGAAAAUGUGGUUUUCUUCUUUCAGACUUUAGCAGCAGCUUCUCCUAUGCUCCCCUAUUGGAGUAUUGUUUGAUGGUUGUUAACAACUGAUGAUACAAUUUCUUGAAUGGAAAACUGUUUUCUCAGAUCAUUUAGUUUUCAUUUCAUAAAGCAAUCAAUCAUACCCCUACCCUAUUGUUACUACAUUGGGAUAAAAAGUUGCAA